AUGCUGGAUGAAACUUUUAAUAGGAUUCGUGUAACCAACCCGAAGUUGUUGUUGUUGCGUUUGCCUGACUGUGUUUUUGUGUUGAAUUGUCUCCAGCCAAUCAAGGAAUCUGCGCUCGGAAACAUCCCGACCAUUGCCUUCUGCGACACCGAUUCGCCGAUGAGGUACGUCGACAUCGGCAUCCCUGCCAAUAACAAGGGGAAGCACAGUAUCGGUUGCCUCUUUUGGUUGCUCGCUAGGAUGGUUCUCCAGAUGCGUGGGACUAUUGCCCCUGGGCACAAAUGGGAUGUGAUGGUCGACCUAUUCUUUUACAGAGAUCCUGAGGAGGCGGCGAAGGAGCAGGAAGAAGAGGCGCCGGUGACCACAGAGUUUGCUUUGGGAGCACCUGACUAUGUGGCAGCACCGAAUGACCAGUGGGCUGACUGGGGAGCCGACAUGGGGUCUGCACAACCGGUACCUGCUGGGCCUGUAGAUAACUGGACAGCUGAUCAAGUUGCAGUUGCUAGCGAUGGCUGGCCUGCUGCAGCUCCUCCGCCAGUGGAGGAAGAUGCUCCUGUUGCUCCAUCAGGUUGGGAAGCUGCUGCUCCUGUAAUUGAUGCUGCCCCACCACCAGCAGCUACAGGCUGGGACUAAGCUUUAUUGCAAGUAUCAAGAAGCAAAAGCUCGCAGAGCUCAGAGAUGUUCUCAGAAGGCCUUUGUUAUGAUAUUGAAAUCUUCAUCGGAACUAGUUAUAUAUGUGGGCUUAUAGGGCUUAUAGUUUGUUUACCCGUUUUCUUUUACUUUGAUGAGUUUUUGUCAGAAACUCCCUUUGCAGUCUAAAUCAGGAGCGACUCACUACAAAGAGAUGUUCGCAGAGCUCUCUUUGUUGUUGCUAUAGAUCUUGAACUUAUCUUUAUGGAAACUAAAUAUAUGUGUGUGGAUUGUCCAAGAGAUGUUACUUGGCCGUGGCUUAUCCUUUAUCUAUUUGGUCACGUUCCCAUUGAUCCCA